UUAAUCCCAGGUGGCUGAAUCAAAUGGUCUAUUCUCAAUCUUCAUUAACAUAAACUCUCAGCAGUAUUGGACAUAAUGGACCACUUCCUUCUCUUUGAACUGUUUCCUUCCCUUGAUCUCCAGAAAAUCACAUCCUUUUGAGUUCCUUUUGAAUCCUUUGUUCACUUUUCCUCACCUCUCUGGGCAUUUCUCACCUCCCCCUCUGAAUUGAUCCAAAUCUCAGCCCUUGACCCACUUCUCUUUGCUGAAUAUCUUCCUUUGGUGACUCAUAAUCCUGCGGCUUUAGAGCACUCCAUCUACUGAUCACUUACAUUUUACUUUCCACUACACCUCCUUCUUGAAAUCCAGACGCCUGUAUCCACUCUAAUGCCUGCAUCCUGUUCAGUGUUUCUGAGUGGAAACAUGGUUCACACCAAACAAAUCUGCCCCUAUUAGCUCCUGAUGGCUGGAAUUUGUGUUUUGUUUCUAAUAAAACUCUAAAGCCUAAAACAGCCAUUGGUACACAGUAGGUGCUGAGCAAACAUUUGUUAAAUUCAGGACUUGAUGCCUCCCUCUAUUCCAGACCCUCUGAAUGAAUGGUCCCCAUUUCACUCCAGAUGAAGCUUAUCCUUACAUAAUCUUCAAAGUCAUGCAUAAUCACGCCCCUUCUCUGACUGCCUUUCCUGGUGUCCUUCCUAAGCUAUGCUGGCUUCUUUGUUGUCCCUCAAGUAUUCCAGGUAGGAUCUGAACUCAGGGCCUUUGCAUUUCUUCCUAUUCUUCCAGGAAGAGCUCUCCCUCAGUCCCUGAAAGUGAUAUGGCUCAUUCCUUUCACUUUCAGGUGUUUGCUGAAACUCACCUGGAAACCCUUCCUGAUCACCCUCUGCCUGCUCCCCACCCUGUCCUCUCCAAGGUCCCAUCCCUGUUUCAUUCUUCUCCAUAGCAGUGCACAGACUUCAUCACCAUCUAAAGGACCCUUCAGUCUGUCUUUUGAGAGCUCUAUGUAAGCACAGUAUUUUUUAUCUUUCUUUAUCUUCUCCUUCCUUCCUUUUAAAAAAUUUCCCUGCUAUAUCCCCAGGCUCUAGAGCAGUGUUUUGCUCACAGCAGGUGCUUGCUACACAUUUGAUGAACAAAGUCCUGACUUACACGAAGAUCACUGUGGUUGCUGUGUGAAGAUUACAUUAUAGGGGAGCAAAAUGCAAACAGGGAGACAAACAGGAUGUGCUGAUCCAUGAGACAGGAGUGCUAAGAAAAAUCAGGGUAAAAAGGAUAACUCCUAGGGUUUUGAACCAGCUCCAUGGUUGAUGGUGACAUCUAUUGAGAUGGCAAUGGCUGGCGGAAGAAGAGGUUUAGAGAACUCUGAGUGGUUAAGUUUUAAGCACGAGCAAAGAUUGGCAAUUGAAUAUAGAAAUCUAGAAUUCAGAGAUGGGUUUUAGAAUACAGAUGGAAUUUAAGCUUAUGACCAUGAAUGAAUGAAAUCAUCUACAGAGAGUGUAGAGAGAACAGAGAGUAGAGGGUGAGAAGAAAGAUAAAGCAAAUGAGAAAAGAGGAGGAAGAAGAGAAGAAAAGGAGAGGAAAACAGAGCUUAGAGUAAAAUUCUGAAGAAUGCUGAUAUUUAGGGAGAAGAAGGCUGGGAGAGAGAAAUGGGGAGAGCAUGGUGUCAUAUAAAGAAGGCAAGAAAGGGAAUGGUUCUGAGAAGGAGCCUGGAGCCACCCUUGCUGACUAGGCUGAGAGUUUGAGCCAGGGCCAGCAAAAGGUACCUUCUGCCGUUUUUCAGAUGGAGAUCAUUUCCAGUUUCAGUUAAGGGGACUGUGGAUGCCCGAGGAUGGCCGACUUAAAGAGUAGAUGGGAUGAGAAAGUGAAGAGGGCAUGGGUUGAGAAGGGUUUCCAGAAGUUGGGCAAGGAGGGGAAGAAGCAGGAAGAAAGGAAAGGUCCCUGUUACAUUCGGCAGCACGUCCCACCAGCAGCGUCUCGGGCCAGGCUGAGAUAUGAGAUAAGAACUGUCGGUGCCACUCCUGGGUGCAGAGGUCAUGGAGCUGCGCUGCUGCAUUCCCCUCCAAGGCAGCACUAGCUGUGCUGUGCAGGGAUGUGGUCAGCAGACACCCUCUGACUAUCGGCUCCUUCAAAAUUUGCCUCAGCUGCUCAGAGGCCAGGAUCAUGCCCUUCCCUGGCUCCUGCAUCUAGUGACGGGACCUCUUAAAUCCAUGCUAGAUACUCUAACAGGAAGGCAUGUUCCAAAGUUACCUUCCAGGUGGGUCUCAUCUUCCUCUGCUCCAUCCUCCUGACCCCCCUUUCCUUUAGAGAUGUUAGUCUCCAAGAAAUGUCUCAUACCCCAAACUCUGUUUCAGGUGCUGCUUCCUAUAAAUUUAUCCAGAAGUCCAGCCGCCCAAAUACAGCAUGGGUGAGAUAUGAUGCCAUGAUUUCUGUGUCAGGUUCUUAUGACACUAGCAAGGCCAAUGCAUACUGCUAGUCCAAGAGAGAGGACUAGAAAAGGAAAGGUGUUUCCUGCUUGUAAUGGUUAGACAGGUGCACCAAGAACACUGCAUUCAGUUGGGAGCCACGUUUGAGGAGACCUACAAAUGUCAUCAAAUAUUGACUUCAGUAGAGGGUUCAGAGAUAGCAAUGGGACUCCAGUUGUUUUCCGUUUUUUUCACCUGCAGGUCUCCAUGUUUUCUAUGCCUCUAGAUCAAAAUCCUGUAACAACAAGUUCUUGCACAGUGCCAUGAGAUGACAGAAUGCACAUCUGCAUAAUGCAUGCAGCAGUUCUGUGAGCUAUGUACCAUCAUCACCCCACUGCGCAGACGGGCUAUGAGAAGUUAAGGCAUUUCUUCAAGGUCUUACAACCAGCCAGUGACAGAGCAGGGAUUAGCAUGCAAGCCUUCCUGACUCCACAGCUUGCUCCUGAGUGCUUUUCCAAAGCUUGGGGGUUUCUUCACCUUUUAAGAGGAAGAGUAGGUGGGUGGAGCAAGCCACCUAAGAAGCCAGUGCAUGCCUGGAAACAUGCAGCUGCAGAGGCUUGGGAAACCCCCACAUCCACUGAAGGUACCAAGACAGUGUCAUUGGGACCAAAUGAAGCUACAGUUGGGUCUUAACUAAGGAGCAACCUUUAAGGUGGAAGAUCGCUUAAUAGGAGAAUAGGCUGCCUGGGUCUAGGGAAAGAGACUUCCCUGAACAAGAACUCAGGUCUGUCUCCCAAAUUGCCCUGUGAUGGUAAGUAAGAAUAAGCAUGCACCCUGGAGUCACACAGGUGCUGAGCCCCUGUACAGGUGCAUCCUUGAGAUGGAGACAGGCCAGGGGGCAGGCAUUAUGACAGCAUUCCCAGCUCCCUCCCUUUCUCUGAUUUAGUGCUUUUGGGCCUCUGAUUUAGUUUCCCUUGCACCUUGCUGAGCAUGAAGGCAGCCCACGAGUUUGCAGGAGAGUUCUGGGCUCCUCAGUGAUCCCGUUUCUCCUGAUAAAGAAGGACUGCAGGUCUCUGUGCCCAGGGUCUCUGCCAUCGCUUAUUGUCCCUCCUCUCCUGAAGGAAGAGAGAGAGAGAGAGAGAGAGAGAGAGAGAGAGAGAGAGAGAGAAGAGCCUAAAAGAGACAAUUCUAGGUUCUUCACAGCAGUCCUACCUGCAGCCAUCAACCUCCGCCCCUCCUCCACUGGCUGGAGCACCUGGGAUAGGAAGAUGGAGUUUCUGUCUCUGUGUGAAUGCACUUGCACCCCAUGGGGCCCAGCCAUUUCCAGACUCUUGACACUUUUUAUUCUAUAUGCAAGAUUUUGUUUAUAUAUGCACAAGAAUGUAAUUUGUUUCUUUGUCAUUUUCAAAUGUGAUGGCAUAAAACCAUGCAGAAUGCUUUUAUAUUUUUAUACCUUACUUAUAAUACUGUUUGUGUCUUUAUACCCACCCCACUCCCACUCCCUGUUAGAUCUGCCAGAGGUUUUCAUGGUCUUUCCAAAGCAUAGACGUGCUCACUGGACCAGGCCCCCCGUUCAACCCUGGCCAGGAGAAUCCAUGCAUUCAGAGGAAUUCUGCAUUCCAGCAGCCCCACUGGGAAUUUCUUUCAAGAAACCUGGCUUCACACCCCUGGCCAGAGCAUUAUGAAGAGAGGCCCUCUCCAGCUCUCUUCAGUGCAGCAGUUGAAGAGGAAAGGGGAGGUGUAUUUUUUUGGAACCUCAACAGCCUUCCUCCUCUCCUGUGAAUCACCUCUGUGUUCAGGCAGCCGAGACAGCUGCACGGAAAGGCGUGUGUGUGUGUGUGUGUGUGUGUGUGUGUGUGUGUGAUGGGGGCCUUGGAAAGAAAAGGCCCCUUGUACCCUGGCCAGCACCUGGCGAUGGUGUGACCUGGGAGAACAAGGGAGCCAGGAGCUCCACAGCAGCUCCACAGAAGCCAGAAUUACAGCGGCAAUGUUCGUGUGAGCCACAGGGGGAGCCCGAGAGCCGGGAGUCAGCAGCGCCUCGAGCAAAGUGAGCCAGGACUAGGGAAGGAAUCCUGAUGGGGCGAGGCUCCGGCUCUCCUCUUCUUUGCUUGGCAAACUCAAACUCAUCCUUCAAGGCCAAUUCAAGAGCUAUAUCUCUGGAGAAGACUUUGCAAAAGCCCAGCCAAAGCCUUUUUCUCAUGCUUCUGGCUGACUGACAGCAUUGCCUGCCCAGGGCAGAACUGUCUGCAGAUGGCUCCAAAUUCUCCAGCACACUGUGAAGCCCUAUGAAGCAAGACAUGGCCUGGAUCCUCUCUGUCCCAGCAGUUCAGGGUCUGGCUUCUCCUUGGUGUACCUAGGAUUCAUGCUUCAGAGUCAUUCAGGGAGUUGUUAAAAUGCAGAUUCUAGGCUCACCUGGACCUAAAGAGUCUGCGAGUGUGGCUCUGAAAUCUUCAUCUUUAACAGGUCCAGGUUACACUUUAUGCACAUCAGGGUUGAUAUAAAACACAGUGCUUUUCAAAUGUUUUUGAACAAGAAUCAAAGCGAUCCAGAAUAUGAAAUAUAGUUUUCAUUAUAACCCCCCACAUAUUGUAUAUAUAUAAAACUAGAACAAAAAUACAGAAAACAAAAAAAUUGCUAGGAUACGUGUGAGAUACUUUGAUAUACUCUUUUCUACUAUAAAAAACAAUGUUGGUUGUCAUCACUAAAAGUUAUUCCCUGACCUGUUUGUAGGUUAUUUCUUACUGUUUGAAAUCAUUGAUAUAACAAAGCUCAACAAAUGUUCAAUGAAUGAAUAAAUGAAUGAUGGAACAAAUAAAUAGAUACUUGUAUCUCAACCUCUGUAAAACAGAGAGAUUCUAUCAAACAAUUUCUGAGAUCUCCUCAUUUAAAGUUCUGAGGUCUGAUGCUCUUUAAAUUUUUUAAUUUCUAACAAUUUCAUCAUGCCCCAGGGCUGUGGUAAUCCUCAGUGAAAGAGAUUGCCAAGGAGAACCCUCAGUUUAAGGGGUUCCCACUGAUGCAAGAGUUCAGAUGGCUUUGUUUUGAUUUUCUCAUUAAUUAAAAUCAUGUAAUAUCUUCCCUUCUAACCUCCUCAGAACUUCCAUCCCUGAGCCUGGAAAGAUCAGCAAAUACAGAAGCUAAAGUAAAUUAUAGGAGACUUUGAAAAGGCCUUUCUUUUGGUGUUCUUUCUUCAUUUUCAACAAAGUACUAAGCUCAAGGAGAAAUGUGGAGGAGCAAAGCCCAAAGUCUAUGUGACCUGGAAAGAUAUGCUUUCCCUGGGCCAAGGACAUGUGCUGCUAUGCUCACAGAGAAGCUGCUGGACUGGACACAAAAGCGUGAGAGACAGAGACACCAUCUCUGCUAAUUUGUACCAAACUCUGGCUCCUGUUGCUGAGAGACCACAUGUGACAAAAGCCAGGGCAGGGGGCCCCCACGUCGCUGUCUGCAUUUUCCAGGUAUCCUGAGCCAAGCAAAGGUUCUUCCCUGGAAGAGCAGACAACAGAAGCUCCUGCUGCACAACAUGGCAGAAGGGGACUCCCAGGACAGGUGGGGCAAGGGGUCCCUUGGCAGCUUGACUCAUGACAACCAGAUGUUGAGCAUGAACUUAAAGAGUGAAGAUGAGGAUGGUGGGGAGGCAGGAGAUACAGGGGACCCUGGUGAGCAGGCUCCUCCAAGGGGCAGCUCCCCAGUAAAUCACCAUUAUCCUGACUUGCAGUGGCAGAGUCCCUCGUUCAAGGAGGAAGAGAGCUUCUCUGAUCCUGUUAGUGCUGGAGACAUGGGGGAGAAACCUAUAGAGAUGCCUGGAAAGAUCAGCUGGGAAAGAGAGGAGUCAAAGAUCACCCUGACUCAGGAGUACCCUGAAGCAGGUGCAGCUUUGGGUGCCCUUCCUAGGGGCCUCUCACACAAGUUGGUCGGUCGUUUGCAAUCUCCUAGAGACUCACUACCUGUGGGGGAUGAUGGAGGCUCCAAGGCAAACCAGGACACAUCCUUGGAUGUCCCAUCCAGCUUCCUGGACAAUGAAGAAUAUUUCUGUGCACAGAAAGAUAUAGACACAUCUCCAGACAACUCUCCGGAGUGCUUUCCUGGAACAGAUAGCAUUUGGGAUCUCCCUACACAAGAGACAAAGGCACAGGACCAGGGAUCUGCCAAUCCAGCCUGUCUGGCAGCUGCAAUGUUGGCAAAAGUGCGGAGCAGCAGAAAAGACCAGAACCCAGCUGCUGAGCCAGACCCCAGGCAGGCAGAGGGGCAUCCCUACAAAUGCCUGCGGGGCGGAGAGGCCUUCCAGAAGCCCCGCGAGCUGCCUGGAGCUGCAGGACGCGGCAGUGCCAAGCCCUACGCUUGUGAGCUGUGUGGAAAGGCCUACUCCCACCGGGGCACGCUCCAGCAGCACCGGCGCCUGCACACGGGCGAGCGACCUUACCGGUGCCCCUUCUGCGACAAGGCCUACACCUGGUCCUCGGACCACCGCAAGCACAUCCGCACCCACACGGGCGAGAAGCCCUACCCAUGCCAAGACUGCGGGAAGGCCUUCGUGCGCUCCUCGGACCUGCGCAAGCACCAGCGCAACAUGCACAGCAACAACAAGCCCUUCCCGUGCUCCGAGUGCGGCCUGACCUUCAACAAGCCGCUAUCAUUGCUGCGCCACCAGCGCACGCACCUGGGCGCCAAGCCUUUCCGCUGCUCUGCCUGUGACCGGGAGUUCGCAGUGGCCAGCCGCAUGGUGGAGCAUCAGCGCGUGCACUCUGGCGAGCGGCCAUUCCCUUGCCCCACCUGUGGCAAGUGCUUCACCAAAUCCUCCAACCUGUACGAGCACCAGACCCUGCACACAGGGCAGAGGCCCUUCAAGUGCGCUGACUGCGGUGUGGCCUUCGCACAGCCCUCGCGCCUUGUGCGCCACCAGCGAAUCCACACCGGUGAGAGGCCCUUCCCUUGCACACAGUGUGGCCAGGCCUUUGCCCGCUCCUCCACCCUGAAGAGGCACCAACAGAUUCACUCUGGAGAGAAGGGAUUCCUGUGUGCCGAGUGUGGCAGGGCAUUCCGCAUUGCCUCGGAGCUGGCUCAGCACAUCCGGAUGCACAACGGGGAGAGGCCCUACCAGUGUGAGGACUGUGGUCAGGCCUUCACCCGUUCCAACCACCUCCAGCGACACCGAGCCAAGCAUGACACCUGCAAAAAGGAGCCCAUCCCUUCCUCCUCUGAUGAGUGAGGGCGCAGUUGGCUAGUUCCCGGGGGAGGCAGACACGAGGAACCUCACUGCUUGGAACCCUCUCUCAGGGCCCCACAUGGUGUGACCAGCCAGCCUCACUGGUCAGCUGUCUCCCGGGGAUUGCUGGUCCCAGGGUGGUCUGUCUCCAUAUUUUAUUUGUUGUCAUAGAAAGGAACCACAAGGAUGGCUCUGUGCGAAUUCACGCCUGUCUUCCGUGGCUCAGAGCCAGAUGCAAUAUGAAAAGGGUGAAAUAGAAGAGUAGGAGAUGGUCAAUAGCUGAGUUCCUUGGGUCAGGGGACCUCAAUAAAUCAGAAACUAUAUAUAGAAUUAUUUGCUGGGUACUGUGAAUACAGAGAGGAAAAAGAUUAUCCUGUCCUGCCCUCAAAGCCAUACGUAAAUACUGAGAAGGCAUGUAUGGUUUUUACACAAUAAAGGAAUCCCAGAAGUGGUCCCUGUGAUGAGCUCUUAUAAAGAACAAAGCCUAACUGGGGUAACUGAAUCCCAUAUAGACACGUCGUCCUUUCAGUUCACUGAUGAAAUGACUUUACUUUUGGGAAAUGUCUCCAUGAGUUUUGACUUUGAAGUGGAAAAGGCCUUUACCUUAUAAAGGGGUUGGGGGUGGGAUAUGUCCUAUGUUUAAGGAUCAGUUAUCCUGGAAGUUCAGAACAGCCUGCGUCCCACCCACAAAAUUCAUAUGUGCAUCCUCUCUGUCUACCUCUUUUUCUGCUCCCACCCUCCAAGUUUAAUCAUAUGUAAUAUUUGCAGAGGAAGUGGCUUUUUCUUCCCAUUUACAGGGAAGCACAGAAAUUUCUCCAGAUAGGCUGAACUGGCUCAUGAAAACUUUUGGGUUCAUUUAAAUUUGCCUAGAUCAUUAGGUCUGAUUUGAAGCAAAUAAAGCAUCCUUUGCCCAA